AUGACGACAGCGACGGCAACGGCGGCCACGACAGGCACCUUGGCUGUCAAGAUGGACACGAAGCCUCUCCAAAGUGAAGGCGAUGGCGAUGAAAUGGCGUGUCAUCUGGCGAGCUUGAGCCGCGGACCCAAUCCCCUUUCUGGCAUCCCUAAAUUUCCUUCCUUCCACGAGCACAGGAAGCACAUUGUGCUGCACAUGGCCGCCGUCUUCCGCAACUGGGCGCGAAAAGGCUUCACCGAGGGCAUCUCGGGCCACAUCAGCGUCAGGGACCCCGAGUUUUCCAACCUCAUCUGGAUGAACCCGAUCGGAAAACAUUUUGCCCUGCUCAACGGUGGCGACAUGCUGUGUCUGCGCAUCAGCGAUGGGGAAAUCGUAGGCGGCAACCGAACUAGACCGGCAAACAACCCGGGUUAUUACAUCCAUUCCGAAGUUCAUAAGGCAAGGCAAGACAUCCAUGCCAUCUGUCACGCACACACCAUCGCCGGUCGCGCCUGGGCCGUCUUUGGCAAGCCGCUCGAGAUGAUUACGCAGGAUAUAUGCGACGUCUAUGGCGCCCUGGCCGUCGAUGGCGAAUACGCCGGUAUUGUCACGGCUGAGCAGGAGGGCCGGCAGAUCGCGCGAGCCCUCGGACCGAAAGGAAAGGCCGCCAUACUGCUCAACCACGGGCUCAUCAGCGUCGGUCAGACCGUUGAUGAGGCUUCCUUCCUCUUCGGCCUCGUCGACCGCAGUUGCGAGAUUCAGCUCCGUGUCGAGGCAGCCUGUGCUGGAAAUCCCGAGCUCAGGAAGAACAUAAUCCCUCACGAGCUUGCGCUGAACAACUUUAGGAUGGCGGGUGAGAAGAACUGGCUAUACGAGGAGGCACAACCGGAUAUCGAGUACGAGAUUGCGAUGGCAGGCCACGUCAUUGCGGACGGUCUUGAUGACAUUGGAAUCGAUAUAAAAUGA